UUGAGUCGGAGUCAGCUCUGUGGCCGCUUCUGUGUUGUUGUACAUCGCUCGCGUAAGAAGCUCGUUGAAAAUGCGUGAAAUAGUUCAUAUUCAAGCUGGCCAAUGCGGCAAUCAAAUUGGAGCUAAGUUCUGGGAGGUUAUCUCCGAUGAACAUGGUAUCGACCCCACCGGAACCUACCACGGAGAUUCAGAUCUUCAGUUGGAGAGGAUCAACGUUUACUAUAAUGAGGCCUCCGGUGGCAAGUAUGUCCCUCGUGCCAUUUUGGUCGAUCUGGAGCCAGGCACCAUGGAUUCCGUCCGCUCCGGACCUUUUGGACAGCUCUUCAGGCCUGACAACUUUGUCUUUGGUCAGAGUGGUGCUGGCAACAACUGGGCAAAGGGCCAUUACACAGAAGGUGCCGAGCUUGUAGACUCCGUUCUUGAUGUUGUCCGUAAGGAAGCGGAAGGCUGCGAUUGCCUGCAGGGUUUCCAGCUCACCCACUCCCUCGGUGGUGGCACAGGAUCCGGAAUGGGCACCCUACUGAUUUCCAAGAUCCGUGAGGAAUACCCAGACAGAAUUAUGAACACCUUCAGCGUUGUACCUUCUCCAAAGGUCUCGGACACUGUUGUGGAACCCUACAAUGCCACCCUCUCGGUUCACCAACUGGUCGAAAACACUGACGAGACCUACUGUAUUGACAAUGAGGCGCUGUACGACAUCUGUUUCCGCACACUCAAGCUCACAACUCCCACAUACGGUGACCUGAACCACCUGGUAUCUGCUACAAUGUCUGGUGUCACCACAUGCCUCCGAUUCCCCGGUCAGCUGAAUGCUGAUCUGCGAAAAUUGGCAGUUAACAUGGUACCCUUCCCCCGUCUCCACUUCUUCAUGCCUGGCUUUGCUCCAUUGACUUCCCGAGGUAGCCAGCAGUACAGAGCGCUCACCGUGCCAGAGCUCACUCAGCAGAUGUUUGAUGCUAAGAACAUGAUGGCUGCAUGUGAUCCCCGACAUGGACGUUACUUGACGGUGGCUGCUGUAUUCCGCGGUCGUAUGAGCAUGAGGGAAGUUGAUGAGCAGAUGUUGAAUGUCCAGAACAAGAACUCCAGCUACUUUGUUGAAUGGAUUCCGAACAACGUGAAGACUGCAGUCUGUGACAUUCCUCCUCGUGGUCUUAAGAUGUCCGCCACAUUCAUUGGAAACAGCACUGCCAUCCAAGAGCUUUUCAAGCGUAUUUCCGAGCAAUUCACAGCUAUGUUCCGUCGCAAGGCUUUCUUGCAUUGGUAUACGGGUGAGGGUAUGGACGAAAUGGAGUUCACCGAAGCAGAGUCCAACAUGAAUGACCUGGUGUCUGAAUACCAGCAGUACCAGGAGGCUACUGCAGAUGAGGAAGGAGAAUUUGAAGAUGAGGAAGAAGCUCAGGCUGAAGCCUAAAAGCAACUACAGCAUGCAGCCACCAUGAUUUUUUUUUUUUUUUUUCUUCCUUGUGCUUCCCUUGUUUCCAGAUAUCGACUUUUUUUUUUUUGCUCUCUGGAGUUGGAAGACUGCAGUAGCAGUUUUUUUUCUUUUCCAUGUUUUUGUAAAUAAAAAUGCUAUGCAGUAUCAUA